AUGUUCUACUCGCACCAGCUUCUAGCUCGGAAAGCUCCUCUGGGUCAAAUCUGGAGGGCUGCUACAAUGCACGCUAAAAUCAACCGCAGGAAGCUCGAUAAGCUCGAUCUCAUCAAGAUCUGCGAAGAGAUUUUGAAUCCUUCGGUUCCCAUGGCUCUUCGUCUCUCCGGGAUUCUCAUGGGUGGAGUCGUCAUCGUCUACGAACGAAAAGUGAAGCUCCUAUACGAGGAUGCGACUCGUCUACUGGUCGAAUUAAACGAAGCAUGGAAGACGAAACCUGUUGGGGACCCCACCGUCCUCCAGAAAGGAAAAUCACAGGCCAGAAAGGAAGCUAUUACGCUGCCUGAGAAUGAAGACACAGAGAUUGAAGGAAUGCUGAAUUUUUCCCACGGCCGCAGCGCCUCCAUGCAGUUUCAGCAAACCUCCUAUUUUGCUAUGGUAAAAUGUCGAAACUCUCCGGGUUUUUGUACAACAUUUACCUACAUUUCAGACUCUCAUGGAUGGUCCAUUGAGGGUAUUUUUGUCAAUCAGGGGAAACUGUCUGUGUGCCUGUCACUUGAUAGUACCCGCUGCAUUGCCUCGUUGAGCUAUUGUCUAUCUUUGCAGCGGCUUGAUAGUGUCGAUGAACAAUAUGUUAACAACAACGCAGCAGGGGAGGAAGAUCCAGCUCCGCAACUCUACCAAGCUGAUGUCGAGAAUAUCACCUUAGCUGAACGCUUUGAUCCAUUUCAAGCUGAUCAUUAUAUGUACAAUCGCUUGGAGAGAUUUGAGAUCGAAGGGGAUGAAGAGACACAGUUUAACUUCACGUCAGGAGAGCACACACACAUUCCCAUACCCCCUUCCCCUCCUCGCGAUGAACAUCAGGAAGGGCCUCCUGCAGCUCAUACAAACCAAGAUGAUCAACAUCUAGAUCACCAGGCCAAUCAGCCAGAUGAAAGCAAGAAAUUUAGACAGAUGAAGCUGGUUCAAGAGAGACAGGGGACUAGAAAAAGGAAAACAAGAAAGCAAGCAUCUGGAAUGGAUUUUGAACAAACAAUCAUUCCUGGUCAUGUAUACCAAUCUUGGCUCCGAGAUCCUUCAGAUCUAUCACGAGAUGCAAGAAAACGAAAGCGCAAAGAUGUAAUGGCAACUAUGAAGAUGGCUAACCUCAUGGACCUGCCACCUAAAGUACUAAUUGAAGAUUUAUUUACAACUGGAAGUAAAAACGUAUAUUAUCCACGUCCUCUCCUUGACAUGUGGAUGAAAAGUGUCCGAACUCCCCGUGAGUCUCCUGCCGGACGAACCACUUCACCCCUGCCCCCAGGACCAUCGUCACCAAUACCGCCUGAGAGACAAAACUCUAAUGGUCCAGUGGAAUAUCCUUUUCAAGAUUUUCGUAGUGGAGUUGGCUCCCAGUCUUCCAUAGAUAAGCAACGGCCAAGUUCUGGUGUGGCAAAAGGCAAGAAUGAUCCAACAAGUGUACUCAUGGAAGGACUGACUGCUAAUCUUAAGAACAUUGGCUUAGAGGGAAAUGAUACCAAUCCAAUGGCCACGCCUGGAAAUUCUGAUGACGUAAGAUCCAUCCCGAGCUCAGCAUCAGGGCAGGCAAUUCCUUCAGAAGGCAAUUCAGGACGAUCCGGCAAGAAAAGGCCUCAUUCUGCAUCCGGGGGCAACAUUAGACUUGAACCACUAUUGGAAAUGAGUCACCCCGAUGUACAUUUCGAGUUGUCGAGGUCACCUGAGCAAGGCCCGGCAUUUGAUCAAGAACUCUUGGUGGAAACAGGACCAACUCAAACUCAAAAACCGAUCGUGGAACAACCGCUUGACAAAACAACUGAUACUAUCAGAAGGGUUCUGAAAUCACAUUUUGAGACGGAGGGAGCUCCUCAGGUCGAAUCCCUGGACAACCUAACUGCUGGAAGGAACCGAAAAGAAGCAGCUAUGCUCUUCUACAAAACUUGUGUUCUGGCUACACGGGAUGUCAUAAGAGUCGAGCAGAGGACCGCUUACGGGGAGAUUCUCAUAUCGAGAGGGCCGAAAAUGUGAACGAGGUGAGAUCACACCUAGUGUCCUACACUUGUAGGUCGUUAAUUCCCACCUACAUUACGACCUAAUCAACAUGGAAUUAGUGAUACAAUUAGAAUUAGAUGAAGAGAUUAGAGAUUACCUCAUCUUUUUACAGUUUAAGCUUUUAUCAAAUUACUCCUUUUUUUUAGCAGUUAAAACAGCCUUGUCACGGGGAAGUUGCUGUUCCUCGC